AUGGCACCAGAAAGAGAGCCUAUUGCCAUCAUUGGGAGCGCAUCACGCUUUCCCGGCAACGCUACCAGCCCACAGAAGCUCUGGGAUCUUCUCAUACAUCCCAGAAACGUGGGAAAGGUAAUUCCUGGGGACCGAUUCUCUGUGGAUGGGUUCUGGAACGCAGACGGGUCUCAUCAUGGCACGUCCAAUGUCACACAAUCCUACUUCAUCGAAGACGAUACCCGUCAUUUUGAUGCAAACUUCUUUAAUAUCAAUCCCAGAGAAGCGGCGGCCAUCGAUCCUCAGCAUCGCCUACUGCUCGAAGUCACCUAUGAGGCUCUAGAGAGUGCAGGUCUCUCGAUUGACAUUCUCCGAGGGACUCCCACAGGGGUGUACGUGGGCCUUAUGUGUGCCGAUUAUCUCGACGUCCAGUUAAGGGAUCCGGAGGCCCUCGCGCAGUAUCAUGCCACAGGUACAGCACGCAGCAUUCUGUCCAAUCGGGUGUCUUACUUCUACGACUGGAAAGGGCCCUCGGUAACUGUCGACACCGCGUGUUCUUCUAGUCUCGUGGCUGUCCACCAAGCAGUGCAAGCCCUGCGCCAAGGAGAGUGCUCCACGGCUAUGGCAGCGGGUGUUAAUCUUAUUUUUGGUCCUGAGAUGUACAUUGCCGAGUCGAAUCUGCGCAUGCUGUCGCCAACAGGCAAGUCCCGCAUGUGGGAUGCCAGUGCCGAUGGGUAUGCUCGUGGUGAAGGUGUCGGGGUAGUGAUCCUCAAGAGGCUCGGUGAUGCCCUCCGCGACGGGGAUCCCAUCGAGUCUGUGAUCCGGGAAACGGCAGUGAAUUCAGAUGGACGCACGAACGGACUUACCAUGCCAUCCUCGGCCAGUCAGGCUGAUUUGAUUCGUCAGACCUACCGACGUGCUGGACUUGACCCUACCCAGGCAUCUGAUCGAUGCCAGUACUUUGAGGCUCACGGAACGGGGACGCCCGUCGGCGACCCCCUUGAAGCCGAGGCCAUCCAUUCAGCGUUCUUCCCCGAAUCCCAUGAUGGCUGUCAGGUGCAAGAGAGCCAGCUGUAUGUGGGGUCCAUUAAGACAAUUGUCGGCCACACAGAGGGGGCAGCUGGAAUUGCAGGCUUGCUCAAGGCAUCCUUGGCCCUGCAGCAUGAGAUCAUCCCACCGAACCUACAUUUCAAGCGGCUGAACCCCAACAUUGUACCCUUCUACGACGGUCUUCAUGUCCCCAUCAAACCGAUUCCAUGGCCACCGGCGCAGGUUCGCCGUGCUUCAGUCAACAGCUUCGGUUUUGGGGGGACUAAUGCACACUGUAUUCUCGAACAUUACGCACCUUCCGUUCAUGGGGGGGCAAAAGAAGGCUCUGAGAAACCAGUGAAUGAGCCGGCGGUUGAAAGCCCGCUGAUUAGCUUGCCAUUCUCCGCCUCAUCCCAAUCGUCCUUGGCCCGCUUAAUACAGCAAUAUGCUGGCUUCAUCGCCACCCACCCAUCGGUCGACAUGCAAGCAGUAUCCUUGGCUCUACAGAAACGCUCGAAUCUCCCUUUCAAGCACUAUGUGACUGGUCUUUCCCACAACUCAAUUUUACAGCAGUUACAAGACCCUCAGUGGAAGCUCGGGCCUUCCGGUGGAGGUGCUGAGGCCCACAAUUCCGCGAUCCUCGGAGUCUUUACGGGUCAGGGGGCGCAAUGGCCCACCAUGGGUCGUGAGCUGCUGCUUCGGCCCGGUCCGUUCACGGCGACCAUUGAUCGCCUCGAUGAUAUACUCAGGCAGCUGCCAGAGCCUCCUACAUGGUCUCUACGGGAAGAGAUCCUCGCCGAUCCGGACACAUCUAGGUGUCAGCAGUCAACGUAUGCCCAGCCACUAACUACCGCUGUUCAAGUAGCCCUGGUCGACCUGCUCUACAGUGUUGGCAUUCGUUUCUCUGUGGUAGUUGGACAUAGCAGUGGUGAAAUAGGUGCCGCCUACGCAGCAGGCUGCAUCACGGCGGAAGCUGCUAUUACAAUUGCCUACUAUCGCGGCCUCUACUCACCGCGUGCAGACCCCGGGGAGGGCGGGCCUAAGCGGUCAAUGAUGGCCGUGGGGAUGGGAUUUAAUGAAGCCACCCGCUUCUGCACCCAACCCGAGUAUGCUGGGAAGAUCUUUCCGGCUGCGAGCAACGCGCCCUCCUCGACCACGCUGGCGGGAGACUUGUUCACUUUGGAAUUUGCCAGAGACGAGCUAACCCGCCAACAGAAGUUCGCUCGCAUACUUCGGGUCGAUAAGGCCUACCAUUCGCCUUUCAUGGAGCCGUGUGCAGAGCCUUACAUGCAAGCUCUCCAGGCGCGCAACUUUGCAUACCGCACCUCUGGCCCGUCUUGUACCUGGAUAUCCUCUGUCCAUGGCUUUGAAAUGGAUUGCAGCUCGGAUUGCGUGAACGACAGCUACUGGCUGAAGAAUCUUCUUCAACCGGUCCUGUUUUCGGAUGCUUUAUCACAGGCCAUCCGGGACCAUGGUCCCUUUAAUUGCGUGAUUGAGGUUGGUCCUCAUCCAGCGUUGGCUGGUCCAGCCGGACAGACCUUCAAGGCACUCCAGCAGAACGUACCUACCUACCUAGGUGCGCUGACUCGUGGAGAAAAUGAUGUUCUUCGUCUGAGUAGGUGUCUUGGUGAGGUAUGGAAGCUCUGCGGUCCAUCCUCUGUCAAUCUCCGGGUAUUCCAAAGCCUCAUCAAUGGAGAAGCCGGCACCCUGCCAGCGAUGCUCCCCAAGAUCCUUCCAAGCUAUCCGUGGGACCACGAGCGACCGUACUGGCGGGAGUCGCGCUCUUCGAAAGAAUAUCGCACCCGGGCACCUUCUCAUGAGCUGCUCGGCGUCUGCGUGGAGCAAUCCGAGCAAUUCUGGCGGUGGCGAAAUAUCCUGCAUCCCCGGGAAAUCCCAUGGCUGCAAGGCCACGAAUUCCAAGGUGAGAUGCUAUUCCCAGCUGCAGGAUAUUGCAUAAUGGCCAUGGAAGCAGCUUUGCGCUUCUCCUACCCACAGCCCGUACGUCUCCUGGAGCUGCAUGAUCUGGAUAUCCGUCGCGGUAUCAGCAUCGAUGGAAGCGCCGACGGCAUAGAACUCCAUUGCCACCUCGGCCCGAAUUCUACACGAGAGUCAGAGAAGUCGUCAGCCUUGAAAGUUGUCAAUCUCAUCUUUACCUGUACCGCUGGUCACGUCGAUGGCUCCGAUGCAUUAACAACCAGAUUUAGCACCCGCGUCCGACUAGAAAUGGGAAGUCCUGACCUCACUGUUCUGCCCAGAAAGCAGCAACAGUCUUCGGGUAACUCCCCUGUAGACAUCGAACGGUUUUAUGGGUCCAUGUCCCAGCUGGGCUUGAAUUAUACUGGGCCAUUUCAUUCUCUGCUAGCCAGCAAGCGGCGGCUGUUCCAAGCGUCGGCAACCGUGGCCCAUGUGCCAUCUUCUUCCUCCUUCAUGCACCCGGGUGUCUUGGAUACAUGUUUUCAAACCCUUUUUGUAGCCUUUGCAUCUCCGGAUGAUGAGAGCCUUCGGACACCUCAUCUGCCAAGGGAGAUCCGAUCUAUACGAUUCAACCCAGCAGCCAUAGCCCACCCGGAUCAUCCUAGGGGCUCUCCGUUCCAGGUCGAAUCUUAUGUCACAAAGGCUACGCCUCCCACUCGGAAAAUCCCGUCAGACAUGGUGGGUGACAUCGAUGUCUAUACUGCAGCUGGUGAUUGUGUAUUGCAAAUUGAGUCGCUGCGGUGUGUUGCGCUAGCAGUCACUACUGAGAAGGACGACCGUGCUAUGUUUCACCGCACUCACUGGGAGAUUGACAUCGAUGCAGGGAUGGUCGUCUCCUUCGAUAAGCCAAACACGGAGUACUCAACGAUCCUGGAGCAAUUUGAGGCGGUCGCCCGUCAGGCUAUUGAUGGCACACCCCCGGCAAUUGGCGACAUAGUCUCUCCGGAACUGCAGUUGAUUCAAAAUGCCAUAUCUCUUCAUUUUGCACCUCCUAGUGAGGUACCCGAGGCCCAAGCGACAUUCAAAGCGGCGCAGAGCCAGUACUGGAAGACGAGCGCCGGGGCCCAACGAAUGCAAGAGUAUGUCGUGCGCACUGUGAAGCAGGUGACGCACAAGUAUCCUCGCAUGCGAAUCCUCUUACUCCUCGGUGGAAAUGAUGAUGUAUCCGUUUCACGACGCAUACUGCACGCUAUCAAUGGUAACUACACGUCUCUCAUACUCACCGGCUCGUCUUUAGAAACAUUGAAGACUGCAAAGGAGCGCCUGAAGCCUUACGGUGAUUCCGUGCAAGUGGAAACUCUGGACUUGGGUACGUCACCACCUGAGAUGUUAUACGAUAUGGUCAUUGUUCAAAUUGGCGUGUUGGGUGAGGGGUCUGCUUCGAUUCCCCUAGAAUAUUGCCGUCGCGUCUUGAAGACCGGUGGCUUCCUGCUAUUCGGUUCUAUCACAGGGCGUGGCAACUUCGCUGGUUGUCUCCAAGGGCGCCUCGUGGACGAACACAGAAUCAAUUCUGAACCAGAACGUAUUUGGGAAGCGCUGCUUCAGCAGUCCGGAUUUUCCGGCUUAGAAAGUGUUGCCUAUGACACCGGAAACCCCCAGUUACACUGCCACUCCCUAAUUCUGUCUCGGGCCAUGGAUGCCUCCUUACAGUCUCUCCAGCACCCGCUUGCUUAUCCGGACCAAACAAACGAGGCCGCAGAUAAGGACCACGUCCUCAUCAUUGGAGGCCACACUGGCAUUGGGAGCCAAGGAUUGCAAGCACUUCGAAGCCAUUUGUCCAAGUGGAAGCGGGGAUUGACCAACGUCGCCUCUCUUGAGGAUCUUGGCAGUUACAAAUCGCAGAAUAUUCCGAGCCACGUUCUAUGCCUGACCGAUGUCGACGCUCCCCUGUUCCGGAACCUCAGUGCCGAACAAUUUGCGGCGCUCCAGAGGCUCUUUCAGGAGGCUCACAAUGUGUACUGGGUGACGCGAGGAUUCAAACAAGGUGAUCCUUAUAGUGCCAUGACCGUUGGUCUGGGGCGAGUCGUGCAAACAGAAUUGCAGGGUCUGAAUCUGGGCUUUCUUGACAUUGACGUGGUGGAUGAGAAUGGAAUCACCCAGAUUGCAACUCGGUUUGCCCAGUUUGUUAGUCAUGGCCAACACAGUCAUGCUGUCAGCGCUGAAACUAGCCUGUGGUGCCAAGAGCGGGAGGUCUCCCUUGAAAAUGGCCUGCCCUAUAUCCCCCGCGUGAAGCAUGCCCAAGACAUGAAUGCUCGGUUUAAUUCAGCCUUCCGAGUGAUCGAACAACCUUUGGGGCUUGAUGCAUCAUUGUCAAAGCAGUCCGAUACUGCUUCAGAGCUGGAGGUUGUGGCCAGUGUUCUUGCGCGUUCCGCCUAUGCUCUUAAGCUCACCAAUGAAGUUAACGCGUAUCUCUGUAUCGUGAAUGUCAACAGUACAGGGAGCGAUCGUCUGGGAUUGGUUGUCUCCUCGUCAGCUGAAGAGACAGUUGUGGUAUGCAAACGAGACGACAUCCUUGACAUUGGUCCCCGGCAAACCCACACAAUCAGUGCCCCUAAAAUAUUAAGCAUUCUGGUUGCAUUGCACAUAUCUGAGCGCGUUCAGGCAUUUCUUUGCUAUUCCACUACACUUGUCUUCACGAAUGAUCCAUGGCUACUAAGAGUCCUCGCCAUGUCCAGGGAAUCCGACCAACGAGCACUCAUACUGGCCACGUCCGAUGAGGGGGCCAUGGAUUGGGACAAAUCGAUCAUAUAUGUGCAUCCGCAUACACCAACACGGGAUCUCCUGUCUUUGGUGCCACAAGGCGUGAGCAAAUUCAUCAACCUAGACACCGAGUUCCAACCUUUGCAUGACCGUCUGCUAGCCGUGAUCCCGAGGACAAGUGCUAGCCAAUCCGCCAAGGAUUAUCUCUUGGAGCGAGCGUCAACUGGCCAUGUUCUCUCACCAUCCCAGUCAUCUAGAGAUGCGUUGGACAUGCUCUGGACCCAGUGGCUGAUAUCUUCAGCAGCCCUGCAGAGUAUUAUGCAGCCCGACACUGUCGUUCCUCAUGGUCUCUCAGCCUGCGCUGUCAAGUCUUACAACCCCCAAGAGAACCCCCAUGUGACCGUCCAUCGACUAGAUCCCAGCACAAUCCUCCGCCGCGACGCAACAUAUCUCCUAGUCGGAAUGACCGGAGAAUUAGGCCAAUCUCUCUGUCGGUGGCUGGUAGCCAACGGUGCAAAACAUCUAGUCAUCGCGAGCCGGUCUGUGAAGCCCGUGCCGUGGCAUGAAGAACUACAACAAUCAUCUGGCUGCCAGUUGAUGACUUUACCUUUAGAUGUUUGCGAUAUGCAGGCUCUGCGCCUUGCACAUCAGAACAUUUUGCAAUCCAUGCCGCCGAUUGCCGGCGUUGUGAACGGGGCCAUGGUCCUGGCUGAUGCAAUAUUUGUCAACAUGGCGUAUGAAGACUUCACUCGCGUACUGGAACCCAAAGUUAGGGGAAGCAAAAACUUGGACGAAUUAUUCUCCGGGAAUGAGCUCGAUUUCUUCAUCAUGCUAUCUUCCACGGCAUCCCUUAUUGGGAAUGCCGGGCAGAGUAAUUAUUCUGCUGCUAAUAUGGUGAGUGAAUAUUUCUUUGCAGGACUUCCACUUGUUUUCACUUUAUCUAACACACUACAGUAUAUGAAAGCACUCGCCGAACAGCGCCGCCAGCGCGGCCUUGCGGGAUCUUGCUUCGACAUCGGCAUGAUCCUUGGCGUCGGUGUAGUCUCGCGGGAGCGGGUUUACGAGGAGCCACUGCGCAAAGCAGGAUUAAUGCCCAUCGCUGAGCCCGAUUUCCAUUGCAUGUUUACCGAAGCCAUGUGGUUGGGUCGCCCCGGCAUGUCUGCCGAUUCUUCCCCUUGCUUUUCCACCGGGCUCCAUGUUCCCCCGGGCACAAUGCGGCCGGCAUGGUACCACGAUCCCCGGUUUUCACACUUCCAAGUUCCCGAAGAGGAUAUCAACCGGAGUGCAGGCGCCGGAAAAGACGCUGCGGUGACCCUCGAGGAACAGCUCCGGUGUACCUCUGAAUUAACAGCUGCAGAGGGCCUGAUUCAAGAGGCUUUCGUUGUGAGACUACAAAGUUUACUCCAGCUUACCGGACCGAUCGAUGAUGUGACGCGUGCCCUUUCAGAGCUUGGAAUCGACUCACUGCUCGCUAUCGAAAUUAAGACUUGGUUCUUCCAAGAGCUGGGAUUCCAGGUUUCUGUGAUGAAGAUCCUCAAUGGCAUCUCUGUCCGUGGUGUAUGUCGUGAGGCAGCCGAGCACGUCUUCAGGGCUAGAGCAGCAGAGAGCGAUGAAGGGGCUUCAACCGUCGAAAGUGUGAAGGUUCUGAAAACACUAGAGGCUCCAACUCCUCGGCUGCAAGAGGAUGAAGCGACUGAAACGGUCUCAACGGUCGCUCGCACGCAGGAAACCCCUUUCAGUGACACAUCAUCGCAGACAAGCCACGCCGUUGAGACCCCUACUUCUUCCCAAAUUUUGCCAGCCGCUGGCCUGUCCAUUCCGACUAUGGUGGCAAUGUCCACUGAGCAGGAAAAGAUCUGGUUCAUGUUGCAAUCCGUGGAUGAUCCCGCCAUGUACAACUGUACAAUCCAGUAUGAGCUUCAUGGCCAACUGGACCGGGUCCGCUUCCAAGUAGCAGUCACCGAGGUCGCGCAGAGGCACGAGUCGCUGCGAACCGCCUAUGUCACUGAUCUCCACGAUCAAGUUCCCCGGCGCCUGAUUUUGGGCCAGCCCCAGAUUACAUGGAGGGAGGUCGAUAUGAAGAGUGAUGAUAAGGACCUGAUUGCAACAGAGUUCAAAGCCCUGCAAACCCGAGCGUUCGACCUCGCUAAGGGCCAGACCAUGGCAAUCACUAUCCUCAGCCACGGAUCUGCACGCCAUGCCAUCAUCUUUGGCUAUCACCAUCUUAUAAUGGACGGCGUGAGCUGGCAAAUGGUGCUCCGCGAGUUUGCUGCCGCCUACCAGGAUCGUCAGAGUCUGUCGCCAGUGGUCGCUCAAUACAGCGCGUUCUGCAACCAGGAGGAUUCGACCAGCGAAGCUACUACACCUGCAUGGAAUAAAGGGCCAUCUUCAACAGACACAGAUGGUCAAUUGCCCGACGAUCUACCCUUAUUCCCAUUUGCUCGAACAGGAUUCCGUACCCGAACGCGCACGAGCUAUGAGACCAUCCGCGUCAGCUCGUACCUAGGCAAAGACGACGCUAGUCGAGUGCGCUCCAUCAGUUCCCGCACCGGUGCUACUUCCUUCCACAUCCACCUAGCUGCCAUUCAGCUCCUCCUUCAACAGACCCUCGAGGUAGACCGAUUCUAUCUCGGAAUUGCCCACGCUAAUCGCAAUGAUCCGCGCUUUGAACGGGUCGUUGGGUUAAUGGUGGAGGUCGUGCCGCUGAUGUUCGAACCACAACAGGCGCAAGGGUUCAAAGACCUAGUCAAGGAUACCCGGUCUCGCGUGCUGGGAGCAUUGAGCCAGGCUCACGGUAGUGGAAAAUCAUCCCGUCCCUGUGAUAUUGUCGUCAACUACAUCGCUGGUGUCACGCACGACAUCAUGUUUGAUGAGGCCGUGUUGAAGUACGCGACAUCUGAGGAUGCUCGUCAGCCGCAUGACUUGGUCAUCACCGUCCGAGACAACCCUGACGGCACGACGGUCAUUACCUUCGGGGCUCUUGAGUACCUGUACCACGCGCAUGAUGUUCGGCUCCUGUUGGACCUCUAUGUGCGACUACUAGGUUCCGUGUCCCUGAACUCGGACCUCAAAUUAGAGCAGUACCGAUGCCUGGAGCCGUUGUGUCUGAAGGCCCCGAGUCAGCCGCCCACGAGCCAGGCGGAGUUGAGCGCCAUCCAGAAAGAGCCUGAUCGGCUUACCCAGUGGAUUGCCAGAAUCGCAGCAACUUAUCCGGACACAGUCGCACUGAAGGAUACUAACGGGAGAGAACUCACCUACGCUGGAAUGGAGAGCAGAGUGCGCUCCAUUAUGGACAUUUUCCUCGCAGUCGGAGUUCAACCUCGAGCAUUCGUGGUGGUAGCCUGCGGGCCGUCCGUCGACACCGUCUGCGCCCUGUUGGCUAUCUGGCGGCUUGGGGCAGUCUAUGUUCCUGCAGACCUCGAGCAUGGUGUCGAGCGGCUGUCCCUCAUCCUGAAAGACUGUAGUCCCGCAGCUCUACUGUGCCGCUCGAAAGCGGGGCUGGAGCAUUUCAUGGCCGAUCACGGGCCCCAAGUUGUGGAACUCAAGAUGCAUUUGCCGCCUCCAUCUCCUACCACGCUGGACUACGAUCGAUCUACCGGGCAGGACCCGGCCAUCUUGAUCUAUACUAGCGGAACAACCGGGGUGCCCAAGGGAGUCUUGCUCAGCCACGAUAAUUUAUUGUGCCAUUUUGCAGCAGUGCAACAAGUAUUCCCCGUUGAUCAGCCGGUCGUCUUGCAGCAGAGCUCGCACAACUUCGAUGCAUCCUUGUUCCAGGUCUGCGUUAGUCUGCUACACGGAGGCACCCUUGUCAUGACCAGCAAUCGUCAGGAUCCGAUAGAGCUUGCCGAGUUGAUGGUACGUGAGAAGGUCAGUCUUACUCUUGGCGUCACGUCCGAGUAUGCCCUGUGGCUUGGUGAAGCUGCCUCCGUGCUCAGAAAGUGCACAUCUUGGCAGUAUGCCUUAUGUGGUGGGGAGAAAAUGAGUUCUGGCACACUUCAAGGCUUCUCGGGACUCGAUAUCGCUGGGUUGAGACUCAUCAACGCGUAUGGACCUUGCGAGACAUCUGUCGCCUGCACGAUGGGAGAAAUUGACUACAAGAGAAAUGAUCUUUAUGGCAGUCACGAUCCAAUCCCAGUUGGGCAAACGCUGCCAACUUAUGCGAUCCACAUCUUGGACAAUCAGAUGCAGCCGGUAGCCGCUGGAUGGCCAGGCGAGAUUUGUAUCAGCGGGGGCGCCGUGUCAUCAUCUGGUUAUUGGAAUCGUGAAGACGAGACUUCUGCCCGUUUCCGCGUCUUCAACGGCAUCCGAAUCUAUCGGACUGGAGAUUACGGCCGCAUCCUACCGAACGGUGACCUAGAGUACCGCGGGCGACUGAAAGGGGACUCCCAAAUUAAGUUGCGAGGAAUGCGUCUGGAACUUGAGGAAAUUUCCAGUGUGCUUGUCCAGGCGUCCCAGGGUGUUCUACGCGAGGCUGCGGUUAUCGUCAAGGGCCAUCCUGAGCCAUACCUCGUAGCAUUUGUGGUCUUCUCCACCUCUGAGUCUCCAGCCAGUGUUGGCUCUUUCCUCAAUACGCUGCGUAGUGGCCUUCCACUUCCCGCAUACGCCAAACCUACAGUUAUCACGGCUAUCGACCGCAUCCCGCUGACCACCAGCGGCAAGGUUGAUCGUACAGCCCUGGCUAGACUCGAGAUCCAUCAACAGCAAAGCGUAUCGCCUACUUCCGGAGCGCUAAACAUUAUUGAAAUGAAAUUGAAAGAAUUAUGGCAGGAACUUCUCCCAGCGACGGGGCUUCCCAUCACACCGCAGUCGAACUUCUUCGACCUGGGAGGCAACUCGCUGCAGAUCCUAAGGCUACAGGGACGUAUUCGAGCAAUCACGAAGGUCAGCGUACCCGUGGUGCAUCUCUUCCAAUGCUCAACCCUGAAUGAGAUGGCCCAGUUGAUUGGAGCGGCCACAAGCGCGCACCGAGCAUCAGCCCCGACUCCACCAGCCCCAGCACUUUCCAUCACCAUUGACUGGGAGGCCGAAACCGCCAUUCCCAGCUCCUUUGACAACCUCAUCACCAUCCUAGAUCCUCACAUUCACCAACCAUCCAAUCCACCCCGAGAGGUCAUACUCACCGGUGCAACGGGCUUCUACGGCACUGCUCUUCUUACUCACCUCCUCUCAUUACCCUCCAUAACCCGCAUCCACUGCCUAGCAAUCCGCCCCAACGCAGACGGAUCCCCCCGACGGCUUGAGCACCUUACAUCCCCCAAAGUCCAUCUCUACAGCGGCGACCUCUCCCAUCCGACUCUCGGCCUCAAAGAAGCCGAAAUCACUCACCUCUCCUCCACUGUCGACUGCAUCAUCCACAACGGUGCCGACGUAUCAUUCCUGAAGCCGUACUCUGCGCUGCGUGCCGCGAACGUCGAGUCCACGAAAUUUCUCUUCAGCCUAUGCACAUCCCGCGGCAUCCCCUUCCACUAUAUUUCCACCGCCAGUGUCACAUCCUUAUCUGGGAAAGACGAGUUCCUUGAGUCCUCGGUAGCCAGUUAUUCCCCACCCAUGGACGGAUCACCUAGUGGACAUACGGUGGGCUACACGGCUAGUAAAUGGGCCAGCGAGGUAUUUCUUGAGAAGGCUAGUACGAGGUACACUAAUGUACCGGUGUGUAUCCAUCGUCCUACGGCGAUAACUGGAGACAAAGACAUGGCCAUCGCAGCGACGAGUGGCGGUGUUAUUGAAUCUGUGUUAGAUCUGAGUAAACGGAUGAGAGCUAUCCCUGAGACUGGGUCCUGGAGGGGAUAUAUUGAUUUGAUCGGGGUGAAGAAAGCGGCUGAGAUGGUGGUGAGGAAGGUUGUUGGUGGUGAUGAUACUAGUGGGGUUGAAGUACAAUAUUCGCAUGUUUGUGGGGAGAAGCGGUUCAAAGCGAGUGAUUUGAGGAUGUUCUUGGAGAAAGAGGAAGGGGUAGAAUUCCAACAGCUGGGAUGGAAAGAGUGGUUGGAUAUGGCAGCUGAGUAUGGGAUUGAUGAUGGGGUUGCUGCUUAUUUGGAGGGUUUAAAGGGAGAUAAUGGUGGCUCUAGGGACUUGUUCUUUUUGCCGUUACUGGGAGGUGGAUUGAGUGGUUAUUAG